UUUGAAGUAGCUGGAAUGGCUACUUUACCAGGAACAGUACCACGAAUGAUGCGUCCAGCUCCAGGCCAGAACUAUCCCCGAACCGGAUUCCCUUUGGAAGUAUCAACACCACUGGGCCAAGGUCGGGUGAAUCAACUUGGUGGAGUUUUCAUCAAUGGAAGGCCGCUACCAAAUCAUAUCCGACACAAGAUAGUAGAGAUGGCUCACCACGGCAUCCGGCCCUGCGUAAUCUCGCGACAGCUGCGAGUCUCCCACGGCUGUGUGUCCAAAAUCCUCUGUCGGUACCAGGAGACUGGUUCGAUACGUCCUGGGGCGAUAGGUGGAAGCAAACCCAGGCAGGUGGCAACGCCGGACGUAGAAAAGAGGAUUGAGGAAUACAAACGCGAAAACCCAGGGAUGUUUAGCUGGGAGAUAAGAGACAAACUUCUGAAGGACGGGGUGUGCGACAGAAGUACGGUUCCUUCAGGUGAGGCCUCAUCCGUGAGCUCUAUUAGCCGGGUAUUGCGCGCACGCUUUGGGAAAAAAGAUGACGAUGAUGAUUGUGAUAAAAAGGAUGAAGACGGCGAGAAGAAAACCAAACAUAGCAUCGAUGGGAUACUUGGUGAUAAAGGUAACCGCACCGACGAGGGCUCGGACGUGGAGUCGGAGCCGGACCUGCCCCUGAAGAGGAAGCAGCGUCGCAGCCGGACCACCUUCACGGCCGAGCAGCUGGAGGAGCUGGAGAAGGCCUUCGAGCGCACGCACUACCCCGACAUCUACACCCGGGAGGAGCUGGCCCAGAGGACCAAGCUCACAGAGGCGCGCGUGCAGGUGUGGUUCAGCAACCGAAGAGCCAGGUGGCGUAAGCAAGCGGGAGCCAACCAGCUCGCUGCGUUCAACCAUCUCCUGCCAGGCGGCUUCCCCCCCACCGGAAUGCCCACUCUACCCACGUACCAGCUGCCUGAGUCCGGCUACCCCAGCACCACCCUCUCACAAGAUGGCAGCAGCACGCUGCACCGGCCCCAGCCGCUGCCCCCGUCCUCCAUGCACCAGAGCGGGCUCUCCGCCGACGGCAGCUCCGCCUACGGCCUGUCGUCAGCCAAUCGGCACGGCUUCUCCAGCUACUCCGACACCUUCAUGAGCCCCUCGGCCUCCGGCAACCACAUGAACCCCGUCAGCAACGGCCUGUCCCCACAGGUGAUGAGCAUCCUGAGUAGCCCCGGCGGGGUGCCCUCUCAGCCCCAGCAUGACUUCUCCAUCUCGCCGCUGCACGGCAGCCUGGAGAGCUCGUCCAACCCCAUCUCGGCCAGCUGCAGCCAGCGCUCGGACUCCAUCAAAGGCGUGGACAGCCUGGCCUCGUCCCAGUCCUACUGCCCCCCCACCUACAGCGCCACCAGCUACAGCGUGGACCCCGUCACCGCCGGAUACCAGUACAGCCAAUACGGCCAGACAGCAGUGGACUACCUGGCCAAGAACGUGAGCCUGUCCACCCAGAGACGCAUGAAACUGGGGGACCACUCCGCCGUGCUGGGCCUACUGCAGGUGGAGACAGGACAGGCCUAUUGA